CAUAUUGUCUAAUCUUUGUUAUGGCGAAAUCUACAAGGAUGGCCCAAUCUUCAAUUUCCUGUCAACUUUGCAAUAAUGAUGUUGUUAUUAAAUGGAAAUGUACCGAUUGCGAAUUAUUGUUGUGUGAUAACUGUAAAAUAAACAUUCAUCCUCGAUUCAAGUCGUCAGAGAAACAUAGAGUCGUGUCCACCGGAGACAUUGGUUAUGAUAUAGCAGAUCACCUUAAAGCCCUUCACAUUUCAGAGGUAAUAUCCUCUGUAUUUAACAGAUACCAAACAGAAUUGCCAUGCAUACAUGAAAUUAUUUGCAGUGAUGAUGAUGUUGUUUUUAUGUUAUCUGCCAUUGAUACUCAAAAUUGCCAUUUAAUUAAGGCAAAAUUACGAAAGGACUCCAUAAAAGUAUUACAACAAUUCGAUAUUGAGUGCCAGGACUUUGCAGUGAAUCGACAGAGUGAAAUAGUUUUUGCACCAUCCCCAAGAUCAGAGUUACAAGCUGCAUCAUCAACUGAUGAUAUCAGAACAAUGCUAAAGGCUUCUCCAAUGAUGAUUCUAGCAAUUCAUAUAAACAAACACGGUGAACUUCUACUUGGUCUAAGAGAACAGGGGAAUAAAUAUCCGGUGACGGAUUUUUGCACAAGACAAGUAGUUAUUCUUAAUACCAAUUACCAACGUAAAGCAACGUUUGAGUAUGAUGACUUAGGAAAAAAGUUGUUCCAUUAUGCGUAUCGUAUUGAAAGUGAUUCAGAUAAUAACAUUUAUGUAGUAGAUUGGAUUAACGACAAGUCUCAUGGACGAAUAGUUGGUUUGGAUAUGAAUGGAAGAAAAAAGUUUAUAUACCAGGGCUAUAACAUUAUCAAUACACCUAACCACGCUCAGUUUACACCUAGGGGCAUGGCUUUGACAUCGAAAAAUGUUUUAUUUAUCUCAGAUGUGCAAAACCACGCUAUACAUGCCUUAAAUCAAAAAGGGGAAAUUUGUGGACUACAAAGAACAGAAAACCUUGGAAUACGUUUUCCAUAUAGUUUAUCGUUUGAUUCUGAGGGUUUCUUAUUGAUUGGGUGCACUAGAGGCAUAAAACAAACCACACAAGAAGCAAACAUACAUGCUGUAAAAAUAUCGAUAUAGAAUUAACAGUUCAUCCUGAUUUACACUUUUAUAUUUUCGAGUUGAUUUACUUAAAAGCAAUACAAGCAUGAAAUAAUGAUAAUAAAAUGCUGUAUGGGU